AGGGUUGGCCAAUCAGGAGUAACUGAACUCCAGGUUGUUCAAACAGUUGAUUACUUCAGAGGCUUGUGUUACUCAUUAGCCACGGUACACUGCACUCUAUUCCUUUGGGUAUAAGAAGGUGUGGGUGUCCCUUCAGCACCUUUACACUGUGUUGAGCUUCACACAACUGUCUCAGCCUCCAGCCGUCUUGGUGAAGGAGAAACCCAGAACCUCUGGAAAACCAUGGACUUCAGCGGAACAUGGCAAGUCUACGCUCAGGAAAACUACGAGGAGUUCCUCAGGGCCAUGGAACUCCCAGAAGAUGUGAUCAAGAUGGCCAAAGACAUCAAACCGAUCACUGAGAUCAAGCAGACGGGCAAUGAUUUCGUCAUCACCUCCAAGACGCCUGGAAAGUCGGUGAAAAACUCCUUCACCAUCGGGAAGGAGGCUGAAAUUACCACUAUGGAUGGCAAGAAGCUAAAGUGCAUUGUUAAUCUGGAGGGCAGCAAACUGGUCUGCAAAACUGGAAAGUUCAGUCAUAUGCAGGAGAUGAAGGGAGGAGAGAUGGUUGAGACUUUGACCGUGGGCUCAACAACUCUCGUCAGGAAGAGCAGAAAGAUUUAGGUCUGGCGGUGGGGAAAAAAAGUAUUUAAAUAAAAAAAGUGAUUGGUA